AUGUUUUUUGAGUGCGAAAAGGUCAGUUUACCUCAAAAACCGAGGGAUUUUGGAAAACCAAUAUCUUAUUCAACUUCUAAUUCUCAACAAAAAGCACUUUCUCUUCUACCUGAUAAUCAUAUUGAUCGUGGCAAAGCUUAUGGUAUAAUGGGUCGUGUUUAUCGAGCUAAAAGAAUGCAUGACUUAUCUCAGGACUAUUAUAAAAAGCAACUGGAAAAUUGUCAACAAUUGUUACCUAAUAAUCAUUCUGAUAUUGGUACGGCAUACACAAAUCUUGGAAAUGUAUGUCAGGACAUGGGUAACUAUCAAAAAGCAAUCGAUUGCUAUAAAAAAGCCCUAGCUAUUAACCACAAAUCUUUACCACCAAAUCAUCCGACUGUUAAAUUAGCUGAAAAUAAUCUGCGUAUUGUAACACGCAAAUUAAAUCGAAAAUAA